AUGGAAAUAAAUAGAAAGGAUGUGAUAAAGUUAAUUUUGUAAUUUUUGCAAGAAAAUGGAUUUAGUAAAUCUUAAGAAGAGUUAUAAAAGGAAAGUGGAAUUAUUUAAAUUUUGUAGAUUCGAAACAAAAUUUAAGAAAAGAUUUAAUAGAUGGUAUAAAUUUUGAAUGAUUUAGGAAAAUGGGAUUAGAUAUUAAAUUAGAUUAAGCUUUUUAAUUUUUCAGGUGAAACUUUGUUGGAUCUAUAUGAAUUAAUAGUAUAAGAGUUAGUUGAAGUAAAUGAGACAUAAUCAGCAAAUUAAUUUUUUCUAUAAAUGAUAGUUCCAAGUCUUCAAGAAUUCAAAGAGAGAUUAUUAAGAUUAGAUUAUUUAAUAAGAAAGCCUGAUAGAUUAAGUAUGAAUGAGAUUUAUUCUGAUAAUUUGAGUAAAGAAUAAAGAAGAAGCAAAGUAGCUCAAAAAGUAAUUAAUGAAUGCAUAGAAGCUCCAUAAUGUAGAUUAUUAGAAUUGAUUGGUGAUAGUUUAAGACAUUUGAAUGCAAAUAAGAUUAUAAUAAAUAACAAAUAUGAUUUAUUUAUGGGAUUGGGAAAUUAGGAAUAAAAAGUAACAUAAAUAGGUAGGAUUGAAAAAGUGAUUAAGUAUUCUGAGAAAAUGAGAGUAAAUAGUGCUACUUUUACUCCUGAUGGAUAAAAUUUAAUAACAGGGUCAAUAGAUGGGAUAAUUGAAGUUUGGGAUCCUAUUAAAUAUUAAGUCAGAAAUGAUAUAGAAUAUUAAGUUAAUGAUUAGUAUAUGAUGCAUAAUAAUUGCAUAAUUAAUUUAAAUGCAAAUAAUGAAUUAUUAGUUAGUUUGGAUAAUAAUGGAUAACUUAAAGUUUGGAAAUUGAAAACAGGAAAGUGUUUAAAAAUAGUGGAAAGUCCAAAUCCUAAAUAGAUUGGAAGUGUAUUAUUAGGUAAGGAUCCUUAAUAAGUAUUUAUUGCAUCUGAUUAUAUAUAACUAUUUGCUUUAAAGAGUGGGAUUACCUAAAAAUAAUUUAGAGGACAUAGUGGUUUAAUAUAAUCUAUGUUUUAGAGUUAAGAAGGCUCUAGAUUAUAUACUGGUGCCUUGGAUUAAUACUUUAAGGUUUGGGAUACACAUACAGGGGAAUAGAUUUACAAUUUGAAAUUUGAUACAGCUUUGGAGAAAAUAUUUUAUAUUUAAGGUUCAAUUUUAAUAUGUCCAAGAGGCAAAUAAAUAAUUUUACUUAAUGGCAAUUUUUAAGAAUUGAAAAGAUUUCAUUCUGAAUCUGAAACUGAAUUAAUAAGUUGUGUAGCUUAAGGAGAUUUUGUUUAUGGAUUAGGAUAGGGUUCAUUAUAUAGUUAUGAGAUUAAAUCUGGUAAAGGAUUGAAAUUGCUUAAAUUACCAGGUGAGAAUAUGUAAGAUAUUUGUAUUGGAAAUAAUACUAUUUUUUGUUUUUCACAAAUGGUCAUUUAAUAUUUAUACAAUGAGUUUUAAAAUUAAAAAUAUUUUUUAAAUUUUAUAUGUCAGCUAAUCAAAACAAUAGUUCAAGUUAUAAAAGUUAAUUGAAAGUUUCACUGUCAUAAGAAAAGGAAGAGGCUCAAGAAACACUUGAAAGUAUUUGUCAUAAUAUUUUUAAAUAGUCAUACAUGAGAUGUCAUAAAUUUUAAAUUGCGGAUUAGAUAGAUAAUAAUUAGCGGUUUUAGUUAGUAUGAUAGAAAAUGGAGUUAAUCCAGAAGCAUUAGCUUUAGUGGUCAAUGAAAUGAAGACUGAAUUAAAUACCUAUAAAAAAAUUCAUAAACCAUGAGUAAAUCAAUUUUGCAUUGAACCCCU